AUGGUUGAAAUCGCAUCAGGAGUCAUGAAGGUGAACGAUCCAAAUUUUGUGAAUUCCUUGCGUGAAGUUUUGCGUGGGUUGCAAGAAGAAGGAAGGCGGCAACAACCAAGGAAGGUUGGAGGCGUCAAUGUAAACGAUUUGCCUAAGCUGAAGGGAGAAGUGGUGAUUUGGUAUGAAGGACUGAAGGCUAAAAGAAGUCGUGAAGAGAAGAAGAAAAUCUCAUCUUGGGAAUCCUUGAAACGCAAACUCAGAAGAAGGUAUGUUCCAGUGAAUCACCCAAUCACGAUUAUUCCUAAAUUUUCUAAAUCUUGGAAAAGAAAAUUGGAUGUGAUUGUGAGAGACCGUUGUGAUUGA